AUUAUUUGUUUGUCUUCUAUCCAGUUACAGUUGGCCCUUCAUUCACGUACAUUGGACCGGGCAGCAUUGUUAUUAAGGGCAUCAGUAUCAGUUAAACAUCCGAUUCAGGGGAGUCUGGCUUUUUCCAAUGAGAGACAAUACAGGACCAUGCCUACCCAUGGGAUUGGCAAAUAUAAGCACCUGUUACCUAAAAAAGCGCCAAAGAAAAAGAAAGAGAGACAGCAGAUGAAGCAGAUCAAAACGGCAACAGAUGCAGAGUACGGGACUCUGAACGUGAAAGUGUCUGGGUAUGACAUGAUCCUAGUGGAACACUAUUCUCAGUACAUCCACAACCUCUGCAAUCGGCUAGGUGUCAAAGUGGCUGAGAGCUAUGCAUUGCCCACUAAGAGCACAGAAGUCAUGGUCAUGCCGGAGCAAGGGACCAAGAUGUAUGUAGACGCCAUCCUCAAGACCCAUGAGCAAAUUGUUCAGCACACAGAGGCAGAUUACCAAGCCCGUUUCAAGGCACGUCCAGAGCUAGAGGGACUGAUGGCACAGAUUACCUAGUGAGAGCAAAGACUGUUCACCCCACCCUUUUACCUCAACUGUCAUCAUACUUUUUCUACCGUUUCGUAUUUUUUUCCAUCACAUUUUUUAAAUUUUAUAUAAAUACAUUUUGGAUGAAUGUAGGACAUAUACAUUGCUGUUGUAGCUUCAAAUAAAAUAUUUAAU